UAGGCGUCGUUAUAUAUUCUUUUGGUGAGUAGUCCAUCAACAGAGGUGAUGACGCUAAAGUCUACAGUUGCGGAUGAUGACUUUUAAACAUCCCAUGUAUUCACGGAAACCAUUACAACAGUAGCCAUGGGAAGUGCUCCGUCUAAAGAAGAACUCCCCGAGGAGUCAGAACUGGCCACAGAUGAGGGCACUAUCACACAGGACGACUACCCGCCAGCUCAGCCACCUACGACAACCAAGUUACAGAUUACCAAAGGUGUCAACUUCAAAAGUAUCGACAAGUUCGCCUGUAAUGUACCACCCACACUUUUAUUCGGGUCGUUUUGGGAUCUGAUAGAACACCUUGUGAUGGCCAUUAAUUUCGAUGUCCUAGAUGAUAUGUAUCGUGCCAGGGCCUUGUUUAGUUGGAUGACCUCCUACAAUGUUAACAACAUAGACACGGAUAUCAUUCCACCAGAAAACUCUCCGCUGGACUAUUUUACUAAAAUCAGAUGGGACUUUGGUGACCAUGCCCAUUUAUUAUACGCCUUGUGUCUAAUGGCUAAGCUGCCGUGUGUCAUUGUCAACGGAGUGACCAAACAUGGCGGCUACAACAUUGGGGAUCCGAUUGACAAGAAAAUCCACAGCGCAAGAUGGAACGCAGUGUUGAUUAAAGGCGAAUGGCGUCUUAUUGACGUAUACUGGGCGAUUUCCACUGUAGACGAUGGCGGCAAGUACGACAAGAUCUACGUUGAUUUUGACGGCGACCUAAACGUUUCCUCAAAUGUAAACAAAAACGAUGAUAAUGUGCAGCGCGUGAACGAAGCUUUCUUCCUGGCUGAUCCAGAGAGCCUGAUCUAUACCCAUUUCCCAGAUGAUCUGCAGUGGCAGCUCUUGUCCCAGCCAAUUACUCUUAAGCAGUUUGAACGGCAGACAUAUAUUCGAGAAAGAUUUCAUGAUAUGGGAAUAUCUUUGCCUAAAAAACUGCAAGAUAAACCCUGUGUGCUUCUUUCGAACGGAAAAUCUCUUCGAAUACCACUUGAUCUUCCCGAAAAAAGAAGCAAGGAUUUUAGAUUCAAAUACACGCUUGUUCAGACCGGAGGCCUUCAGGCUGGAGACAAUAGAACACAAACCUCAUUAGAAAGACACGUAAUGAUGCAACAUGCUCUCGACAGAGUUCAAUUUACCCUAAAUUUCCCCUGCGAAGGUAUGUUUCGAUUUGAUAUAUUUGGUAUGGAUGCUACUAGAACGGAACCUUACAGUUUGAUUACUUCGUACGCUAUAAAAUGCAAAGCAGCCACUCCAGAUUGUCAAACCCUUCCAGACAUCCCUCUGUUGGGAUGGGGCCCGAACCCAGCAGCGUCAGCUCUCGGUCUUACUCCAGCUACACCUGUCGGAGCCAUUAUCAACACAGACACAGGCGUUGUUGACAUAAAGUUGAAAACAAAGGGGGUCACAAAAAUAACGCACAAAAUGAAGAGUGUACAUGUUGAAGAGGCAGCUCUUAGUCGAUACGCUGUAUCUGAAAUCGGCAAAGAUGACUGCACGAUUAGCGUCCGAAUCCCAAUGAAUGGAGAGUAUGGACUAAAUAUAUAUGCAACUACCAAGGAAAAGGACAAUAAGAAAAACAGGAACAGAAACCUUCUAAGUUUCCUGAUAAGAUGUGAAAUGAAGGUUGAAGCAGAAGUACCAGCAUUUCCGAACGUGUUAGGAAAUCAAGUAGGAAUGAAAUCAGGAGCUGAUGAACUUGGUGUUGUGCAAAAUGGUGAUAUCCGAGAUAGAAAGGUCGCAGUUAACGGCAAAAUUACACUACAAUUCACUGUGGCAGAGGAUGUCAGCCUACAUUUCGAGCUCCACAGCAACGACACGCAAGGUAAAAACACAAUGACAGGAGUAGAAGAGAGGGUAGAUCCCUUGUGUAACUAUAUCAUGGAACUUCCUGUAGCGGGAAUGUAUGCUGUAAAUGUGUUUGGGACAAGGAAUGAGACGAACGCUACCAUAACAGAGGUCUAUAGCUGCAUAAUUCAAUCGGAAGGAAAUAGUGGCGCCGCCAAUAUUGCUGAUAUGAAGAGGGCUGCUCCCACCAAGAAAAACAGAAAUGCCAAAGCAUCCGACAACAGUAAGACAGGGUUUAAUGAAACGAUCUACACAACAACGAGCUCGGUUAAGGUGCCAAUGCCUGUCACACAGGGCGAAGUGUUUCCUUCCUUGAGGCGAAAUGAUGCGACUGAAGAAGGGGACACUCCUGCAGCCACGGUCAUUGUAGCCAAUGACAAUACCUUGGAGAUAAGAAUGAAGGUAUCGGGUGAUUACUUACUAGAUUUAUUUUCUAAGGAAAGCACUGGUAACAUCAAAACUAUCGGAAGAUACACUAUCACCUAUGAAUGUGAAUUUGACAAUGAUUCUGACGGACCGUUAGAAGAAUAUCUCAAUGAAAGCGAACACAUUCUUGCAUCUGGAGCACUGCUGAAAAUGGGAUGUACAGGCAAAUCUGACAAUAAGUCGCACGCAGUGAAGAAACCGACGAGAAAACCACCUGUACAUAAGGAAGUGCCUAAAAAAACACCACCAAAGGUUGAGUCGGUACGAAAACCGCCAGGAAAAAAAGACUUUGAUGAGUUAGUUAAAUGUCUGAAUCGCCAGUACCAUACCAAACCGAUCCCGGCUGAUAUUGGUCUCGACGCCUGGUUCGACGCUAAGGACAAAGAAAAAGCUAUGGAAGAUAUAACCAAAGCGUGCAGCUUCAGAAAACCUGUAAUGCUUGAAGAGGCUAUAGAGAGAGCAGUAGAGGUUCAGACAGCCAGCGGGGAGAAGAAAUACCUAGAUACACAGAUACGGAUGGCGGCUAGGGUUCUCAAGACAGUCACUAAAGUGGAAAAGAAUUUGGUGGAGUUCUACGGCUUGCAUUUGAAGUCCAUGACAGAAAUAAAACGUUACCAGUCGCCUCCCCUGGGCGUGCAUCACGUGGUUGCUGCAACAUUUCUUCUGCUUGGAGAAGAUAUUGAAGACCUGAAAAAAUGGUCUCUGUGUAGACGAUUGCUUUCUCAGAUGGGGAAUCAGUUUGUAUUCCGGAGGAUGGCCAUGUUGGACCCCGUAGCUGUGCCUCCUCUAGUAAUUGAAACCGUCAACCGCAUCCUUCAGCCUUUUACAGCGGUACAGAUCAGAGAAGCUAGCAAGGAAGCUGCGACCCUUCACGCAUGGAUCAUGCGAGUUGUGAGAGAAAAUGAGAAUACAGAAGAACAGAGUCCUUCACGUCAUUCUCAUAUUCCACCUAGAUCCUCCAACAUGCCAGAACAUGCCUCCCAGUAGACAGAAGACAUGCGACUCACUGGACUGUACUCAUUAAUAAUUAAUACAUGUCAGUCAGUUGUCAUUAUAGUGAUGAUCGAUGAUUCUGAUUAUUAGGUGAGAAAUUUUGUUUGAGAUGCAAACAUGGCAACAAACGCAUAAGAAAUACACAUGAAAUAACAAUGUAAAAUGAUAUCAGGAGCAUUUGUCCACGAACUACCAGCUCAUCUCAAAAACAGUGGUACGAUAAUUUUGCUAGAAUGAGUAAAAUAGUUUUUUUUAUUCAAUUGGUUACAUUUAAUUUCAUGAAACGUGUCUAGUGUUCCAUUAAUGCAGCAGUGUCACUAUCUUCCGAGACAACUAUAAAACAAUUCAAAUCAAAGACAUUUCUACGUGUAAAUAUAUUCUUAUGGAAAUGUUUAAGUUCCAAAAGACUUGUAUUGAUGUCAAGCGUUUAGGCACUAAAGUCUUUUAUGAAUGUUUAUUAAUUUACCAAAGGAUGUAAGCGACAUUUACAUAAAUAUUGUUUUAAUUAUACUAAAUAUGGUAGAACAUAAUCUUAUGUUCUUUGAACGGUCAAAGGGGAGACAACCCCUAUAUUGUUAAUUUCUUCUUUCACCUUGUAUCUGGAAUAUUGUAUCCGGCAUGUGUUUAGUAUAAAAUAAAAUGGAAGUGUACGACAUAUCCA